CAGCCGGCGCCGGUCACCCCUGAGAGGAGGAGAGGAGAGCCUGGUGGCGGCAAAGGGGGACCACCAUCGCCGCCUUCAGCAGCAGCAGCCCCGCGACUCUGCUCCCUUCUCGCCUUCCGCGCACAGACGGAGCCGCCGCCGCCGCCACCGCCACUCCCGCUGGCACAGCCCUUCCUCGCCCUGCUGCUGCCCCUUGGCCGGGGGACCGCGCGGUGCCCACAGUCCGCCUUCCUCGGGCGCGGGGUGGUCAGCCCGAAGCGGAGGACGUCAGCUGGCCUAGCCGCCCCUCCUCUUGCCCCGGCGGCGGUGCCGUUUCUUGCGCCUGAGCAGAGGCGAUGAGCGGCCUCGAGGACUACGCAGGUGCGAGCCCCGUGCCCAGCCCCGGAUCCCCCGGAGGGGACGAGCCACCACAGAAAAGACAAAGAACUGUAGAAGACUUCAAUCAGUUCUGCACUUUUGUGCUAGCUUAUGCAGGCUACAUCCCAUACCCAAAGGAGAAUGAGCCUUGGGUCCACAGAGGCAACAUGAGCCCCCAGAACAGCACAGGCAGCACUCAAGACAGUGACAGCUGGGUCUCAUCUCAGUGCUGUGACUCCCAUGUGCUAUCAGAUGAUGGAGGAAUCAGGAACACUACAUGCAGAGGGACUGGAAACCUCCUCCUGAACUCUGACAUUUCCAGCAGCUUCUGUACAGGCCGACCCCUGCAAACUAAGAAGAGGAAGCAGUCAGCAAAGAAGUUAAUCUUGGACCGAAAGGUAGAUAAGAGGGUGAUGCCAAUGAACACAAAGGACAUUCAGCAGGAAAGGAUUGAGCCAGGUAAAGGGACACACCUAGAAUCAAGAGAGCUUGAAUCCUGUCUCCCAAAGGAGGAGCUCCAGUCCACAUCUCUCCUGGAGCAAUACAUAAAGCAGAAGGACUGGAUCCAUGGAAUGCAAGCAGCUGAGAAGCCUGAGGAACAGAACUCGUGCAAAGAGGAAAGAAUCAGCGCUGCCUGUUGGAACACCAUAGAGCAGAACAGUGAGGAAGAACUCAGUAGAGACGGCUCCCAAAGUAGUACUUUGUGUGAGUUUGCUGCUGCCUCAGACACCAAAACCGAUGAGGAUGAUGCCUGGGAUCUCAUCACUUGCUUCUGCUUAAAGCCUUUCGCUGGGAGACCUAUGAUAGAGUGCAACGAAUGUGCCACUUGGAUCCAUCUCUCCUGUGCUAAGAUACGUAAAUCCAAUGUGCCUGACAUCUUCAUCUGCCAACGAUGCCGUGAUGCAAAGCAGGAGAUUCGCCGCUCAAACAGAGCCCGCACCAUUCCCCGCAAGCGAUUCUGCGACUGACUUUGGCUUGGGGGGUGGACGGGUUCCCUUUGAACUUGGGACUGGAUCCCUAUUGGCAAGACAAUCAAAAUGUAGGAGCCUCCUUGGGAAAUAAGUGAGGGGGCCCUAUGCUUCCAGAAACGUGUGUCUUAUUUAAGCCUAUUGCAGGUGGGUGGGGCAUGCUGUUCUCCACUUGAUAGGGCCUGAACUGCUUUUGAGAUCUCAGGGUUACACUAGAGCAGCAAAUGCAAAGGUGCCUGGCAGACACGUGACUGGUUUGGUGGAUUCCAGUGCACAAUGCACUAAGUCAGCCAGAAGCCUCUUUGACCUCGUGCAAAAAGGGCUCGGUGCCUUUUAACAAUCUAUGGGAAGCUGGCCUAAAGUUUGUUCUUUUGUGGUACAGUAGCUGCUCAGGCUUAAAUUUUGUAAGUUUAUGGCCCUAGGUUUGUCAUGAUUUUUAUUUUCAUUUUAUUAUUUUUUGUUCCUUUGGCCCUAGAUCCAACUAUGUCCUGGUAGUUGAAGCUUCUGAAUCCCUUCAUGAAGCUAAAGCACAUGUUAGAAAAAGGCAGCUAGCUGUCUUUCUGUGCAUACACUGCUUGGGAGAGAACCUUCUGCAACUGAAGUGCAGAUUCCCAUUCUGUGUUGGCAUGAACUGCAAUGCAGGGCAAUUGACAUUAAACUUCAGCAAUGUGGUCAUUGCGCCUAGUUCUAAAGAAUCUGCCCUCUUCAGAAACUUACACUGUGCUAUUCCCAUAGUCAGGCUAGUCACCUGAGGGGGUGGCAAUUUUCACUUAAUGUAAAUAUUUUAUAUACAAUUACUUAGAAAAUGUCUUGCUGUACCUGCUCCAUAUUAAACUACCACCCUUCCCUAGACUUCCAGUUGCACUAGUGUCUAAUUUGAAGGGAAUACAGGAGCUGUGGGGAAAAGACCAAAGCUGAUAGCAGUAGAGGUGGUGAUGAGUUUACUGCAAAGGCUCUAGAAUCUAAAGAGAUGGCAGUAGCAGAAGACUUGAGAGGUAUGAUGGUGAGCCACAUUGAAGAAGCAGAUUGGGUCCUGCUUUCAUUUCAAGUUGCUCUUUCGUUGCUGAGAAUAUUUCACCUUGUUGCUGUAGGUGAAAUGUGGGGCAUGCUAAAUGGUGACCUGUCUACUAUGCAAACCAUUACUGCUUUUUCCUGGGGCAAUCAUGCCAGCAAACUCUUGUUUUGGAGGACAGGUCUCUCUGCACUCUUGUCUAUAUCAGACCACUGAACCUUUUAUUUGACCCAUGUGCCUUCUUGAUCUUACACACACCACCUUAUAUUUGACUGCUUGUAUGUACAACCCUAUUCUCACUGUACAAGGUAUUUUCAGUGGCUUGUGAUAGGCCUUUUCCUAUGUAGGACAGACUUCUCAGUCAUCAGGUUGUAGGAAUUUAGGGAGCUACUCCAUGAAUGUCUUCCUUCCCCUCUGCCCUCUCAAAGUGUUUACACUUUUAUAGGUAGUCACUUUCUAUUAAAGAUGUAAAGUAGUGUAUUGUGGUCCUUUGUCCUAUGCCAAGUGUUUGGAGUGCUAUGUAUAGAAUAAAAAUACUUUUUAAUCAGUUAUAUUGCAGAUAUUUGACUUCAUUGUAACUCAAGUGGAGUGUUUUACAUAGUUACAUUCUGCUAAGGUGGGGGUGGAUGACUAGAACUCUGCUGGCUUGUGCAACCUUACAUGAGUGUAUACAGAUCAAAACAAAGGUAAAGCCUUAAAAACUAGCAAAGUUGGCUGAUCGUUUACUUCUACACCAUGAAGACUUUACAUAUGUAUUUAUUCAGAAAUGCAGUCCUAUGAAACUGGAUAGAGUUGUAAAUUUAAGUUUCAAAUUUAUCUAUUUCAUUUAGACUUUAAACACAACUAACUUUUAUGAAUUUAACUUCUGCAGGUUUUCUUAGUGCAACACCCAACAUUGUACAAGCACAUAUGGUGGUCCUCUUCCCACUUUCUCUCUCUAGAUCUGCUCCAGAAGAUUUUGAGGAUCCUUUCCUCUUGCAGGCAGGCAGGCGAUUAUACACACCUGCAUGGAUUUAGAGCAAGUGCCUACUGGUACAGCUAGGGCACAUGUGAGAUGCAGAAAUACCUAUUUGAUCUUCAACAAGUCAGGUGUGUUUAGAGGGGCAAUGUUAAAACUGGCCUUGAUAGGAAAAAAUCCUCUCAGAACUUUAUGUUGUGGUAACCAUGAUAUGGUAACAUUUUAAACUAUUUUAAAGGUGAAGACCAAUGUGGUUUGAGCAUUGUGUAAAAGGCUUUGUCCACAAAUGUAUCUGGCUCAACUGCUAAGGCUGCCAAUAACAGCACACAAUUCUCCCCCACAAAUGUUGAAAAUUCUUCAGUAAUAUAUGGUAGUAUGUCAUUUUGAGGGAGAGAGAAAAGCCUGCUUGGUCUUAGUAUGCAAUCAAUGCACAGGACCUUUGCUCUGCAAGAUGCAAAUCCAUCACUAAUAUAUUUAGUUAUUGCAACUGCUGUACAAAUGCCUUACACAGCAAAGGGUGCUUUGUUCACACUAGCACAAGGAGGCUGCUGAGAGAUGUGGUGGUCACAGCAAAAGUAUUUUCACCCCCUUCAUGGGAAACCUAACAGGUCUCAGGAGGGGUGGGCAAUCUUUUUUCUACUUUUUCACUAGGGGAAAUGGUUACAGGUUGUUCACUGAUGACUGAGAAGGCCACCUCUUUUCAUGGGGUUCCUUCCAUACACACUGCUUGAAAGUAUAGAGCUACAAAUGAAAAAUAACAAAUAGCAAGGUAGCAAUACAGGUAGGAGAGUGACUUCUGUAACAAAGAAGCCAUGUGCAGCUAUUUCAGGAAACUAGGUAAAGGGACCCCUGCCUGGGGUUGCAGAGCUCAUCUCACUUUACUGGCCAAGGGAGCCAGUGUACAGCUUCUGGGUCAUGGGGCCAGCAUGACUAAGCCACUUCUGGUGAACUACAGCAGUGCACAGAAGUGCCAUUUACCUUCCUGCUGGAGUGGUACCUAUUUAUCUACUUGCACUGCAUGCUUUCCGACAGCUGGGUUGGCAGCAACGGGCGCUCAGCCCGAACUGCCGACCUGAUCAGCAACCCCUAGGCUCUGCGGUUUAACCCACAGCGCCACCCCCGUCUCUGCUGAACAUCCCACUGAAAGUGCUUUUCUUUUAACAGGCCUCCACCCACCAAAACAAAUUAACAGGUCACACCUGCCUCCUGACAACUGCAAAAUUCAUGUUUUUGGUGCUUCCCAGCACUACCAUGGUAUAAAAGCAUAGAUCAUUUUCACAGAAAUCCAUAGAUUACUUGUGCCCACAGGUGCGUUGUGUAAUUUGUUGUUUUCACCCUUUGUAAAAACAAAACUCAAAAGAUCUGUGUCUUGGAUCAUUGAUGUUCACAACCAUUGAAUUUGUUUUUUUAAAAAAAAUGUGCAGUACUAAUGUAAGCUUCAUUUGGGGGACUCAAAGGGCAAGGGAAUCAAGUUUUAAUUCUACUGGAGUGAAUUUUAUCCAAACUCCCAAUGGAAAACUAAUGGGCGUGAGAAUACACACUCUUUUAGGGGAGGGAAGCAUAGUAAGGAGAAAUGGGUGGAGAAGCAAUGGGCUGCUUAUGGUUCCUACAAAGUUCGCCAAGCCUUCGUAACAUGUUACUGAUCUGUAUAAGGAACUGUGCUCUAAUCCCAUUACUGCUAUGGUUAACUCAGGAAUGUUCUAUGCGAGUUACUUUCAUAACGCCAAGUACACUGGGUUACAUGCUACAUGCUUCUCCUG